AUGGACGCCAUAUCUUGGGAUAGUGUUGCCCAUCGCUCACGCGAAGAAGUCUCUCUUCGCGCCGUUACCGGCCGUACCCGCCGACGGUUCUCGCUCCCAGCACUCCCGGUCCAGCAGCUGUACGAGGAGACGGACCCGCACGAUGCGAGGCCAACGCGGGUACCAGCCCAACUACCGGUGAGGCAUAGGACUGUCGAAAGGAUGGGUCGAAUGGCUGCAAGCUGGAAAGCAGAUGCCGCAGAUCGCCUAUCGCUGCCGCAGGAGAGUAGGGCCCACAGCGAGGCGAUGAGAUUACAAGCCCUCUCGCAAGCCGGGAUGGUCGCCGCCGCCGCACCACCGAAUGUACAGCAUCGACGAGAGAACGUUCAAAGGGCGGCGGGAAGGCAAUUGACGAGGUCAACCCCUAGCAUGCCACAGCCUGAGGCACCAAUCUCGAGGACAGCGUUGCACGCCGUGGACAAAAGGGUCACGUUCGCCCGCUCAAAUCAUGUGGAUGAACCGAAUGCGGUUCCCAAUGCACCCGAGGUACCAUAUGCGCAGCUUCAGCCGGCCGGAAGCAAGCCCAUUGUGCGAAGACCUGUCCCUUCACCUUCAGUGCCCGAUGUGCAGCAAACUCUCGCAUCAAUUCCAUCACGCCCGUCGCCUGGACCUCCGAUUGUGAAAUCUAGCUCUCCGAAGCCGGAUUCUGUGACUGAAGCGCCCAAGGUAACGUUGGCCCCAUCAUCUCCAACAAUGCCGCAGAGUCAAGAGGCGGGCCAAGAGGCGGAACAGAAGGUUGCCGCAGGUGAAUCGACAGAAGUCCGGGCAGACUCAGCGGAGCCAUUAAGGGAAAACGUUGAUAUAGAGCAGAUCGCGGAAUCGUAUUUGCUGUAUUCACCGUUUCUCGAGGAUGACGAGGAGAUUGAUCGUGGCCGUCGUCACGGUUGA